GCUGAUUUGCCAACUGUAACUCUGUAAGUCGGAGCAUAAACAAAGAGUAAAACAGAGUGGAAUCUUUUCUCCUCUGCGUGCGACUAAUCUCGUAUCUCUCACCGGCCGCCAUUUUACAAAUUUAUAACAACCCCCAUCUACACUUCCUAGUUGCUGCACAUCUCAUUACACAAACAGGUAGGGUUUUCUAAAAAAUGGCGGGAGCUCAGUCAUCUCAAGGAUAUGGCCAUCCUUAUAUUCCGGAAGAUCUUAGUCUUCCAGGUUUCGUGCCUGGUUUUCUCUCAAUGUCAACUAUUGUUGGAGUCUAUGGAGGGUCUUCGUUGCUUGUUGUAUCCCUCGUAUGGAUUAUCUCCGGGAGAGCUGCUAAAUUAGCCAAACUUGACAGAUUGCUCAUGUGCUGGUGGGUUUUCACUGGUCUGACCCACAUGAUACUUGAGGGUUAUUUUGUUUUUUCACCGCAAUUUUAUCAGAAGACAACUCCCCAUUACCUAGCAGAAGUCUGGAAGGAAUACAGCAAAGGUGAUUCAAGAUACGUAGGACGGGAUUCUGGAGUAAUUGCUGUAGAAGGAAUAACUGCAGUUUUGGAGGGUCCAGCUUGCCUUCUAGUAACGUAUGCUAUAGCCAAAAGGAAAUCAUACAGCCACAUACUUCAGAUUGCUAUUUCUCUUGGACAGCUAUACGGGACUGCUGUAUAUUUCAUCACUUCUUUCUUGGAAGGGGAUAACUUCGCCACAAACUCUUUCUAUUAUUAUGCCUACUACAUAUUUGCAAACUCUUUUUGGGUUUGGAUACCUACACUUAUAGUUAUUCGGAGCUGGAGCAAGAUAUGUGCAGCAUUUACAGCCCAAGAGCAGAAAAAUUCAAAGGCCAAGAAACGUUGAAGGUUAGCUAUGAAGUACAAGCUUGAUUUAUUUGAUUAUCCAUUCAUGUGUGGGGGCAUUUACACAUAUAUAUUAAUCAUACAAUGAGAUAUGUAUGCAUGCAAAUCGUACAAUGAGAUAUUUGGAUAUCCUUACCAGAUCUAAAUUUUUUCACACAUAUUGGAUUUUUAAACGUA